AGGUGGCAGUCGCUGUGGAAGCCAUCCACCCCCUCGCACCUACACACACACAUGCACACACAUGCACACACACACACAUAGCACACCCACAUAGCUACUCUCCUGCCUCACUUUUGGUGCACAUCCUCCUGUUAGUUUCCGCACACUCGGCCGCAUGGACGCCAUAGGGAGCCCCUUUAGGAGAGUCAUGGACGCUAGGACGAGCAGCUACGGCUACAGCCGCUCAGCCGGCACCCCCUCCAGCGGCUACCGCUCCCAGACGUGGUCCCGGGCGAGUCCCGGCCCCGGCGUGACCGCCUCGUACAAGAGGAGCGUGAACAAGCCCCGCAUGGAGAGCAUGGAGCUCAGCCAAAGUUCUCUCCUGAGUGCAGACUGCAGGCGCUCCAACGAGAAGGAGCAACUCCAAGGGCUCAACGACCGCUUCGCUGUGUACAUCGACAAAGUUCACUACCUGGAGCAGCAGAACAAGCAGAUCGAGGAGGAGAUCCAGGCUCUGAGGAACCAGCAGGUGUCCCGCUCCCAGCUGGGCGACCUCUACGACCAGGAGCUGCAGGAGCUGCGCGCCACGCUGGAGCAGAUCCACCGCGACAAGGCUCAGAUUCAGCUGGACACCGAGCACCUGGAUGACGACAUCCAGCGGAUCAGGGAGCGCCUGGACGAGGAAGCCCGCAUCCGGGAGGACACCGAGGCCAUCAUCCGCGUCCUCAAGAAGGACGCCGGCGAUUCGGAGUUGCUCAAGUCUGAGCUGGAGAAGAAAGUGCAGUCCUUGCAGGAUGAGAUCGCCUUCAUCCGCAACAACCACGAAGAGGAGGUGAGCGAGCUGCUGGGCCACAUCCAGGCGUCUCAGGUGACCGUGGAGAGGAGGGACCCCCAGAGGGCCGACAUCACCGAGGCUCUGCGGGAGAUCCGCAGCGAGCUGGAGGGCCACUCCAACCAGAACCUGCAGCAGGUGGAGAACUGGUUUGUGUGCCACUACGCCAAGCUCACCGAGGCGGCCGAGCAGAACAAGGACGCCAUCAAGUCCGCCCGGGACGAGAUCAGCGACUACCGGCGCCAGCUGCAGACCAAGACGGUGGAGCUGGAGUCGGUCCGCGGCACCAGAGACUCGCUGGAGAGGCAGCUGAGUGACAUUGAGGACCGCCACAACAGCGACCUGGCCAGCCUGCAGGAGACAAUCCACCAGCUGGAUAAUGAGCUCAAGAGCACCAAAUGGGAGAUGGCACGUCAUUUGCGUGAGUACCAGGACCUGCUCAAUGUCAAGAUGGCCCUGGACAUUGAGAUUGCUGCAUACAGGAAACUCCUGGAGGGCGAGGAGACCCACUUUAGCACCUUCUCCCAUCGUCCAGCUGUCUCCUCCUCCAAGAUCAUGAGGGUCAAGUCAGAAGCUCCCAGAAUGAAAGUGCACCAUAAGUUCGUGGAGGAGAUCAUUGAGGAGACCAGGGUGGAGGAUGAAAAGGCCGACAUGGAGGACGCCCUGGCUGAGAUAGCAAAGGAACUCUCGGCCACACUGGAAGGCAGCGGUGGAGAAGAAGAGGAGGAGGAGGAGGAGGAGGAAGAGGCUGGUGGUGAGGAGGAAGGUGAGGUGGAGGAAGAAGAAGUUAUAGUUGCAACUGAUGCCAAAGUUAGUUCACGUGCACCUGCCAAGGAGGGAAAAGAUGAGGAGGGUGGUGACGAGGAAGAAGAGGGGGAGGAAGGUGAGGAGGAGGAACAUGAAGAAGACGAUGACGAGGGGAGCAAAGGAGAGGAGGAGGCAGGUGACGAUGAGGAGGAAGUGGAGGAAACCAUCCUGUGCUCCAAAACUCAACAGUCUAAAGCUUUGCCUGAGAAAGCAAAUGUUGACGGAGAAGAAGAAGAAGAAGAAGGAGGAGGAGAGGCCAGUGGGGGAGAAGAGGAAGAUGAAGAGGACAACAAGGAUGAAGGAAAUGAUGACGCAGACAAGGAAACAAAGGGGGGCGUAGACAAAGGGGGAAAAGAAGAGGAAACGGUUAAAGCUGAGGAAAUUAUUGUCACCAAAGUGGAAAUUCAGAAAACAGACGCUGCAAAGCCUGAAGCCAAAAAGGAAGAAACUGUCAAAACAGUACCAGUAAAACCAGAUUCCCUCAAACCUGAAUCCCCAAAGUCCGAAUCACCAAAGCCUAGUUCCCCAAAGUCGGAAUCCCCAAAGCCUGGUUCCCCGAAAUCGGAAUCCCCAAAGCCAGGUUCCCCAAAAUCGGAAUCCCCAAAGCCUGGUUCCCCAAAAUCGGAAUCCCCAAAGCCUAGUUCACCAAAAUCUGAAUCACCAAAGGCUGGUUCUCCGAAAUCUGAAUCACCAAAGGCUGGUUCUCCGAAAUCUGAAUCUCCAAAACCUGGUUCCCCAAAAUCUGAAACCCCAAAGCCUGUAUCUCCCAAAUCUGAAUCCCCAAAGGCAGAAUCCCCUAAAGCGGAACCCCCCAAGCCUGCAUCUCCCAAAGAAGACCCACAAAAGGACAGCUCCCCAAAAGCAGAUUCCCCUAAAUCAGAGUCCCCCAAGCCUGCAUCCCCAAAAGCAGAGUCCCCUAAAUCAGAGUCCCCCAAGCCUGCAUCCCCUAAAUCUGAAUCCCCCAAGCCUGCAUCACCAAAAGCCGAAUCCCCCAAGAAUGCAUCCCCAAAGGCCGAAUCCCCUAAAUCAGAAACACCCAAGCCUGCAUCCCUCAAAGAAGAUGCACCAAAGGCUAGCUCCCCUAUAGUGUCACCUAAAUCUGAAUCUCCCAAGCCUGCCUCCCCCAAAGAAGACUCACCAAAGGCGACUUCCCCAAAAGAAGAGUCCCUGAAAUCAGAAUCGGCAAAAGCAGACUCAACAAAGGCCGGUUCCCCCAAAUCAGAGGCGGCAAAAGCAGACUCACCAAAGGCAGAAUCUCCCAAGACAGAAACGAAAUCUGACGUGCCGGCGCCUGCCGAAGACAAAAAGAGCGACUCAACGGAUGACAAGCAGACGAAGGACGUGGCUAUGAACGGCGAUGUCGAUAAGAUCAGCCCAGUGGAGGAAGAGAAGAAGGAUGAGGGCGGCAACGUGAUCACCAACGGCGUGGACGAGAGCCCCAUCAAAGACGACGGCAGCCAAAAGGUGGUGAUCACCAAAACCGUGGAGACCAUCACCACGGGGGAGGACGGUUCGCAGCUGGUCACCAAGUCUGUGACGGUGACGGAGACGGUGAAGGAGGUGGAGGAGGUGCUGCAGGAGAAGAUGGUCUCCACCGUGAAGACGGAGACGCACUCCACGCAGUCCAUCAAGCAGGUGACAGAAGGCGACUGAGGCGGAGAAGCAAGAGAAGAGGACGAGAAGCAGACAAGCAAUCAAGCAGAACUAACAUAAAGACCACCAUACAGCUAGAGCCACAUAAUACACAACUUAGAGAGAAGCCAAACAAAUACUACAAAUGUUAGAAAUGCAUGUUUGCAGACGCACUGAGGGAGGCAGCCAUUCAGACAUUUAUCUUCCUCUGUUCUUUCGGCAGUUCGCUGAUGAGCUUGUGGUUUUUGGGGUGGGCGGGGCUUUGCAUGCUAGCUCAGGGGCUGAAGGAGGGCACUUGCCUCUCCCGUGUAUGUACUGUAUGUAUGUUAAGGAUAGACUGUAAAGAGACACGUGUUAAAGGUCACACUGUAAGGCAAGCGGGAAGUUACUUUCUUUUUCUAGCUUAAGUCAACGAGGGAAGGGUGAUCGGGUGGGGGGAGGGUGGAGGAGGGAGGGGCCUCUGCACACAUGCAUAAUGCUGUGCUGAUGUAGCCUUACUUGACAUAUAUGUGAAGAUAGCAACUCAGCCAAAAAGACACUACACACCCGCCGCAGCGAAUGACAACAGGAUGAUCACAUGACCAUACGCAGUACCCGAUGCUGUUCAUGAACCCUGAGAAACUACUAGCCUUAAACAUGCUUUUUAAUCCAUGUCUGUUAUGUUUACCUGAGUGCAAAUGCAAAGAAACACUGUACUAGCGUAGAGACCUGCAUUCUGGUAUAUGCAUAGGAACGGACUUGAAUUGCAAAACAGAAAUAUGAGGUGCUACUGUUUGCAGUCCCAUGACCUUACUCAUCAACAACAAUUUCCCAGCAGCAUUUGCUCAAUAAACAUCAUAAU